CAAAAGGUCCGCGUGCAGCAAACUCCGCAUCAGAGUGCGAUGGAAUGUGUCCAUUUUGUGCAACGUUUUUCUCUCAACUCUCCAAAAUACACACUAGAUGAAGAAGUACAUUUGUGAAUAGCCAUGUCCAGUUUGGCCAACCCAGCACUGCCUUCCCAAGGUCCGAUCUUAAUGCAACCUCCAGGGAUUUCAUCUUCACUGGAUGGCGUUGACGGCAACGUUGACCAAAGAAUUUUGAAGAGAAGAGCAGAUUCUGAGUCUGAAAGCGACUCGGACACUUCUUCGGAGGAGGAGGAAAGUAGCGACGAUGACAAACACGUGGCUGAAAAUCCGAUACUCAAGGAGCGUCUCAAGCAACUAGAUCGAUAUGCUACACGCAUACAUCAUACAACCCACUCUCCCAAUCCAGUCGUAGACCCUAUUACGAUACCUGCUCUUUAUAACACUAACUUACCUGUAGCCGAGUGCACAAACAACAAUGGCUCGUUGUCUGCGCAUGGCAAAUCCAGUGGGCCGUCUGAGCUCGCUGACAGCAGUUCAACUCCUUCCGAAUAUCGUUCUCAUCAAUUAUCUGUUGCUGAAUCCCCAAACCCUUGCAGUGGGCCGGCUUCACUGAACACAUCGGUCACUCCAAAACAUAAUUUUUCUCCUCCCUACGGAAUACUUACGAGUGCUGCCAAUUCCGGACCGGCUUCACAGAGUGACCAGCUGGGUAACAUUCCUGCCUAUCAGAAGUAUUCUGGCAACUUUUCAUGCAAACCAGCAGAACAAUCCAUGGGCUAUUCUCUUCCAUCACAGAUUGAUAACCCGAGUUUACAUAGGAUACCAGGUGGUGACUACACCGAGGAAGAUAACCAGGAAUUUGUGUGUGAUGUCUGCAAUGCUGUCUACUCAAAUCGUUCUUCUCUACGCAGUCACAUGAAGAAGCAUAUUAAUCAUGUCACGAAGCGCCAUCAAUGUGACCAAUGCCCAUAUUCUACCCAGUAUGGUAAGAAUCUGUUCAAACACAUGGAGUCUAUGCAUAUGACGGACAAAGAGGGGCAGUAUCACUGCGGUGAAUGUUCUCGUAGAUUCCCGAACGAAAUGUCUCUCCGUGAUCAUGAGUGUACUAUGUCGCAGUGCAGCUCUUAUCGUUGUCCUGAAUGUGGCCGAGUUUUUAAGACAAAGUUGCGCCUGAAGUAUCAUGCUGAUAUUCAUAACCCACGAAAACCAUAUGUAUGUGAUGUCGAAGGUUGUGAUAGAGCUUUCCGUACCCCGAAGUAUCUGAAGAACCACCGAGAUGAAUUUCAUCGUAUGCAACCCAAAAACUACUUGUGUCCCGUUGAGGGAUGCGAUCUAAUAUUUCAUCGGAAGACCCACCUCAAGCGUCAUAUCGCUACACACGACGAAUCUGAAAAGAAAUACCACUGUCAAUGGCCAAAUUGUCAGCGACGAUUUUGCAGUGAGGAAACCUUGAAUCUGCACUAUCGGAAACAUACUGGUGAAAAACCCUUCAAUUGCGCCCUCUGCCCAUUCAGCUGCUACAAUAAGCCGAGUCUAAAUGAACACUACCGACUACAACAUGCAAAAGAUGCCAAUGUAGAAGGGCCGUACAAGACAUUCAGCCCACAAUUUAGCAGCCCUCAACGACUAUCUGUGAGCAGCUUUGGUAUGGGUGCUCAUGUCGAGGGAAACAAUGCAAUCCAGGGUAGAACCUCCACUCCUGUUCCUGUGGUGCGGCAUCGAAUGGCUGAUAUUCUGGAAUCUUGUGGGCCACAGCCUCCGGGACCGUUGGAUGCCGAAAUCAAUGGAAUUCUCGACAGUCUAGAUAAAGAGUCAGACCUUCCGGACCUUUUCAACUCUGGUACUUUUGACUUUGAACAUUCUAACCAGGAAGCGCCGCCAUUUCGAAAUCACAAUCAUCCUUCUGCAACUAGCCAUUUGUCACCAACUCACGAACGCGGUGUUGGACAUUCCUCAGGUGGUCACGACUUCCUCUUACACAACAGGACUGAGGCAGUCAAUGGUCCUACUUCUUCUGGUGAUCCGUCGUUGACAACCAUACUAACCACCGUGCUCACAGAACUACAACAGGCUGAGGCAUCAGGAUCGGUAGAGGAAUUCGAACGUGCCAAAACUAACGCUGUUAAUUCCCUUCCAACUUUUAGCACGGGCACAAGACUGGGUGAACAGAUCGAUUCAAUAAUGGAUGACAUUUUGGAUGCCAUCAUGAACCAACCAUUUCAGGUGACGCGAUCAAUGUUUUUCUCCUCCAAGUCAUUCACUAGAGACGAAUCUCACAUGAUUGAGUCACUGGAGCAGCAACUACUAGCCGAUACACCCCUUAUUGCCCCGACGCCACCGCGGAGGCGUGGGAGACGACCGAAACUCCAACAACAACUUCAGCCUUUUCUUGAACGCAUCUUUUCACUUGAAAGUAGUACAGCUGAGGCAAUGUCGGCUCAUCUGGUUAACGUUGCCCAACAGGAACGCAACGCAACAUUUUAUAGCAGCUUCUAUCAACCCGUAGGUUUCCCUCGGAGCCGGGGUCGCGGACGAGGAUGUCGUCCCCGUGGUGGCACUGGUCGACCUUUAUCCCUGACGCUGCGUCUUCUUUCUGACGAUACUGCAUCGCGUGCUGGCCAGGGAGUUUAUCGGGCUCAAGGCAUGGGUGUUCGUGGAGCGCUGGUCAACAGACGAAUUCGAGGUGGAAUUCGAGGAAGAUAUCGUAUUGAACGCCCCUCAUCCAGUCUGGCACACUCAUUCCCACCAACGUCCGACGACAGUACUGGGCUCCCGGGAGUAAAUAUGGCGUCGCAUCUGUCCCCUUCAACAAUAUCUCGACAAAAUGAAACCCGUCAAAUCACCUCCGCCCAUGGAAGCAACCUUAGGUCCACUAACCUCUAUGCAGAAAACUGUUCCUCUCCGCAUGAUGAGAUGCAUGAUGCUUCCAUGCAGCUUCGAGCGAUAAGAAAAUCUGCCGAUUCUGACGAGGAACUUGAUGAACUAGAAGAGGCAGAUGAAUGUGAUGAAGAUGUUUCGAAUGUUGGGUACAACCUACCCGAAACGAAAACGAACUCAGAGUCCCAUAUCAGGCAAGCUAAUGUUGACGUGUGUUCUGAAAUGAAUCGAAACAAGAUGUCCAACUCUAGCUCAUAUCAGAGGGAAAAAGAAUCUGUUAACCAAGAUGCAUUAGGUGAAAUGCUAGAAGACCUGGGUGUGAUUGUUAAACGCAUCGGUGAGCGCGCUGCGGCCCGAAACCAGCCACAUGCACAAGACAGUCCUAUGUACAACCAGCCGCUCAACCUUGCUGAAUAUGCCGGCGGAGAUAGGCAGUCCGAUUGUUCCGUCGCCUCUUUGCUUCUGGGCGCAACCAAAACGACGAGGACACGAACGGAUAACCACGUCCCCUCUGUUCAACUUCCUUCCAUGGCAGCACUAGCCUCAGGUAGUGUGGGAACUCCUGCAAGUACUGGUGGCAGUACACCUGGGUGUCCACCAAACGCAGAUUUUCAUUCGCACUCCCCGCGCUUAUCCUCAUCCAGUCAUCCUCAACAUCCAUCCUCCGUUCCUGGAUCCCGACUGUCUAAUCAGUCAAACACUCCUUUAUCGGAUCUGAAUGCCAGCAACAUUGAGAGUACCACGCCAGGUCCGCAAAACCAAUCCGUUUCUCCAAAUGACUACAAAACACAACCAGCCGAGUAUCAAAGGUCCGCUCCUAUGUGGUCAUGCGAAUCAAUGUGCUGUCCAACCACUCGCGAGAAUUGCCUCAUCUCCCCCGAACAAGUUGAUCCUAACGGGACCUAUUCUCCUAUGGCACCCGGAUCUGUCAGUGCUGGUACACACAUGUACAAUAAGGAGGAAAAUGCUGACACUACACAAUCCUAUCACCCAACUGAUUUGAGUACAAGAAUGCUUAGCUAUGACCCGGACCAGCGUUCACCAAUGUCACCGAAACUCCAUCCAAAUCUUGCUGAUACUGAACGAGCCACUUUGCAAACCAAACCCGGCGUGUUCCAGCCUUACCCCGUGCAUUUUUCUUCUGAUUCUACUGCAAUGGGUUCCCUUAUGUCCGCUGUUGAAGCAGUAGAUCAUUUGCGGUCCCUAUCUGCGCUUGGGGCCAAGUACACUGCGUCUCUCAGUCGAAACGAAGAUGAGAAAUCCGGACAGUCGUAUUCGCAGUUCCGGCUCCCUGGUUAUCAGUACACCGGACAGCGCCAACAACCCAAUGUCGCAUCACCACCACCACCGUCCCAUCGCAUGGACUCAACUUCCCCUGCAGCUGCGCAUGGUCAACCUCAGCAUUAUUUGACCGACAUGUUUACCUCGUCCCACAUGCCGUCCGCUUUGAACAACUUACUUUGCCGUGAUCGGAAAGGCGAUGGAUCAACUCCUGCCUCUUUAGGACCAGUUGGUUCCGCAGCGCAGAGCAGUUCCCCUACUCGGUUAGAAUUUCCUCCACAUACGAACCCCGGAUCCGCCGGAACAAUGACUGGAGCCUACUCUCCGUAUCAUCCCUCAAGCAUAUCAUCACGAUGCUCAAGCCGAGGGCGAAACGAGCUUUGUGGUGGUACUGGUCCUGCUACUGGAGCGAGUUAUCCUUUGGCAACAACCUCCACCGCUUCCGCAUGUUCUUCCACCUCCUCUUCCUCAUCUUCAUCCGCCCGUUCCUAUCUUCAGGAAUUAUAUCAACAGCAACAACAGCAGCAGCUACAGAGAGAACAGCACUACCAACACCAUCAUCAACAACAGCAACAACAACAACGUAGCGUGAAGUCACCGGUAAACAAUUUGACCACUCGUCAGUUAUUAUCGGAGGCAGCCGCUACAGCAUAUGCCCAUGGAUUAGGUCGAUGUGACGGACAGAACUUCGGUGGCAGCGGAUUGUCGGUACCAGGUGUACAUCAAAUGAACCAUGCGAAUAACUCACCCCGACACAGUAGCUACUCACAUCACACAGGAAACGCAUUCUCUCCCACCCAAUAUAAUCGUUACCAUGCUUCGGAAACAAACAGUUAUACACAUCCCAACGCGCAUUCAGAAGUCACAGAACACGGAUUUCACGCUGGAGACUUUGGGACCAAUGGGUUCCCCUAUAUGGGUCAGCAGGAUCCAUACAGUUUGUAUCAACAGCAACUUCGACAGUCUUCCCAUGCGCAUCACAUGCUAUCGCGAUCAAUGGAGCACUCACAACCUCAGACGGCAACUCAACUAGCUCACUCCAUUCAUGAGGUCUCUGGGCUGGCUGCAGCAGAGGCAGCAGCUGCGGCUGCCUACGCUUACCAUCAAUACCACCAACAGCAGCAGGCACAUCGACAUGGAUUAGCUGCACACGCGUCCAACGCACACUCUCACUAUCAGAAUCUCUUAAGUCCCACAUCGCGGGGCUACUACCCUGGCCAGUUGGACGAACACCUAUCCCCUCGUGAUCUCGCACUCUAUUCAGCGCAAGCAUCUGAAAGGCGCGAUCCCAAAUCCGCCUACCUAGCCGAAUCGUACCGCAGCUCACACGGUGCCGCGUCCGGCCGUUUUCUAUUCUGAGUUCGCACUACUUACAAGUAGUUCACUCAAUAUGUAAAUUUCAAGCCUGCAGCUGACUGUGAAAUAUAUGCGCCAUCGGCGCCAGAUUUCUCGCAUUAACUUUUUGAACUACCUCGUCCUUCUUCAGCUGUCCUCCUCCUCUUCCUGGUUCUUCUGACUCUGUUUUUCUUAUCUUUGCACGUCCACUGAAAAAAGAACGACUGCUGUAGGAAGCGAAAUGAGUUGGGCAUGCACCUGGAGCAUUGAUGUCACCCACGAAAUUUAGAGGAACACAGCAAUCUAAUGUACUGCUGUUACGUGCAAUAUUCCGCUUGUCGUUUUUUCUAAUUUUUCGCACAAAUUGGUGGCUCGUUACUUAACGCAGAUUCGCCAAACUCUGCGUCCUGGAUUCUUUUAUACAUAUAGAUAGCUCGUGAACGUUUUUCGGGAAUAGCCAAGUUUAACGUAACUUGCCACAAAGCGUCUUGCUCAUUGUUAAUAGCACCCAUCUCCCCUUCUGUCUUUGAACCGCACGUUGUAUAUAUACCCUCUUGUUCUUUUCUAACAACAAGUUUAUUGUCGGAAAUUGUGUCACCAGUAAAUUCCACCCUCCCAAAACUACCAUGUCGUCGCUAACUCCAAGAACAUAGUACCUUCAGUCAAAGUGUUACAGCCGAAGGGCCAAAUUUCAACUUGGAUCUUGGCCCCGGUGUAGCAUGACUUGUGUGUGCUGGCUAACCAGAUUUCUGGGAGCGGCCAUGGAGACCUUUAUGCUCGCAACGUUUGAUGUAACUCCUGACCUAAACCCACGUCACGUUUCAUCAUCCUACGUAUUUUGCCAACUAUGAAUUGGAUAUAUUUUUGCCAUUGUUUUGAUCUCGACGUCGUCCACUACUCUCUCUCUCUAUGCGAAAUUUUCAUUUCAUUACUGCAUGCUACUUCAUUUUGUUCGUG